GGCGGCGCGGGUCUCCGAUCCGAUCCCCUGUCGUGUCUCCUCUUCCUCUCCUCCCGUCGCCUACUUAUACACCCAGCAACCCCCCGUCCGGUCCGUCCGUCUCCCUCCUCUCUCUACACACCUACCUCUAGCCAGCAGCCACCAUUGCACCACCUCUCUCUGUCUCCAUCUCUUGCUCGACCAUAUACAUACAUACACGAUCGACUGCUCCACCUCGCGCGGCGGCGCGGGAGCAUCGCCGACGAUCGAUCGGCUCGGACUAAGCUAGCUCGGUGUUGCUGUAUAGUACUCCUAAAUGGCAAUGAGCGAGCUCAGCUCCGACACCUCGUCCACGUCCUCCUACUCGUCCGACCCGUCCACGUCCACCAGCCCGCGCGCGGCGGCGCCCUGCUCUGCCGCAGCUGCUGUCAGCGGCAAGAAGCGCCCGCGCUCAAACGGCGGCGGCGAAAGCGGUUCCGCCCCGGCGUACCGCGGCGUCCGCAUGCGGGCGUGGGGCAAGUGGGUGUCGGAGAUCAGGGAGCCCCGCAAGAAGUCCCGCAUCUGGCUGGGAACCUUCCCGUGCCCGGAGAUGGCGGCGCGCGCGCACGACGUCGCCGCGCUCAGCAUCAAGGGCGCGCGCGCCGUGCUCAACUUCCCGGACCUCGCGCGCCACCUCCCGCGCCCGGCAUCCCUCGCGCCGCGCGACGUCCAGGCCGCCGCCGCGCGCGCCGCGCUCAUGCACAUGCACUCCGACGGCGCCGGCUCCGGCUCCGGCUCCGGCGGCUCUUCUUCGCCCUCCUCCUCCUCGUCCUCCUCAACGCGCGACGCGGCGGACACGGACGGCGCUGCCGCGCACGACGAGCCCGAGCCCGAGCCGGAGCCUCAGCGUCAGCACGAGCGGCAGCCCGUAGAGAUGGCCGCCGAGCUGGUGUUCGACGAGCUGGCGCCGCUGUGGGUGGAGGACGUGGUGGAGUUCGGGGGGCCGCCGUCCGAUCACACGUGGACGCCGUGCGAUGGGCUCGACGCCGCCGUCGGCUUCCUCCACCCUCUCCCUCUCCUGUGGGACUACUAGCUGCUGCUACUAGGCUCUCUCCUCCGUUUGUACAUGGCCUUCAUCGUUUUGGUUUCUGCUUUGUGUGGUUUUUGUUUUCUUUUCACUUUUUAUCUUUUUUUUUGUUGGAUUGUCUUUGUUUGAUGUGGGGGUAAAAUUAGCUAGUAAGUGAAAGAAAAUGCGAGAUCCAUGUAAAGAAAAAAAAAGAGUUUAAUUUACAAUGACAUGUGUCGUGACACUAUUACGGAUU